AUGUUGCCUGCGUCUAAGGGGGAGAGUUUAGGUCGAUUCUAUUUGGGAAAAAAACAGGUUUUCUUUGUGGAAACUAAAAACGCCUUUGCUACUAAAACCUGCGUUGGCGACGGCCAAAACAGCGGCGAGGAAGACGAUCUGAAAGAAAGAAAAUCGCAUAGUAAAAAAGUGUUAAACUUUUUCCCUGUACCUGUAGAGGAAGAAUGCAAUGCAAAUGAUGGACGAAGAAAAGGAAUAUGUAUGAAUACAUAUGAAUGCAAGAUUCAAGGAGGAAAAUCAUAUGGUUUUUGUGCUCUUGGAUUUGGAGUAUGUUGUGUAUUUACAGCGACGUGUGACCAAGAAGCCUUCAACAACAUCACCUACUUCGUCAAUCCAGAUUUUCCAGAUUUGACCAGCGGCAUGUCAUCCUGUGCCCUUACGGUUAAGAAAAUUGACCCCGAAAUUGCUCAGUUGAGGUUGGAUUUCAUCCAUUUCAAUUUGGGUCAACCAAACCGUAGAACAGGAGUCUGUGAAGAAGAUGUUUUUUUGAUGUCCUCUGGAAGCAAUGGUAGAGAAUUGACAAUUUGUGGCUUGAAUAGCGGGCAACAUGUGUAUUUCGACGUGGAAAAUAUUAACGAGUCCAUCAAAAUUAGCAUGAAAUUAAGCAGGAGGGCGGUGACCCGUCUUUGGGAAGUUAGGGUGACGCAAGUACUAUUCUCCCAGCGGGCUCCAGCAGGAUGCUUGCAGUACCAUGAAGGUACUACAGGCAUCAUACAAACGAUGAACUUCGCCGACAACGGCAGACACCUAGCUGAUCAAGACUAUAACAUCUGUAUGAGACAAGAGGAAGGCAUGUGCAGUAUAGCCUACGAGCCGUGCCACGAGAACGCUUUCAGGAUUAGUCCUAACACAGAGGAAGGAACUGGAGGCGCCGGUGCUGGUGAUGACAUGAUAGUGGACCCAGGAUCUGGGGACGGGGACCCCAGUGAGAGCAGGAAUAUGGAGAUAUGCAAUGACAAGAUUGUCCUGCCUUGCGAUUCGGACGAUUUAAUACUGCCUGGAGACGAGGGACCGAUUCCAGGAUUCUGUGAUAUAACGCACUGUGGACCCACGUUGUGCCCUUCUGGUGAAAUGCCCUGCAGGAUAGAGAGCAGUGCCAUUCCGUUUGUUGUCGGUGUACACUUUGGACCCAGUGCCAGGGAGGUGUCGCCCGACGAUAAUUUAGGGAUGUGUCUCACGUACGAACAGUUGUCUUGUAAUGUUUGAUGUAACAAACCUUCGAAAAAGAAGUGGAAUGCACUAGAGUUUCCAAAACAAAGUAAAGUUGACACGAAGUCAAUAAUGCAACGGAUUGAAGAAAAAAACAAAAAGAUCACGAAAUGGAGAAGCGUGGGCAAACUUAAUCUAGUCAUAAGGCAACGAUUAUAUUAUUUAU